AUGGCCCAGGAAGCGAACGGCGCCGCCAAGGCCCACCCGGACAUGGCAGGUUCUCCUCCCAACACCGAGGUCGAACUCCCGGAUGCGAAUCCCGAAAGUGGCUCUGAGAAGGUGAUGGACUCUCCGAAAGAGAGUGAGCAGUGGGAUUGGGACUCGGAUCCGAAUAACCCGUACAAUUGGCCCACGAAGCGCAAGGUGCAACAGAUCAUCAUGCUCGGUUCGGCCGCUUUCACAACAUCGGUCGGGGUAUCCAUCCUGACACCGGCUCACUCGGUGUUCAUGACGGACUUCGGAGUCAGUAGCACAGUUGCUAUCUUGCCACUGUCUCUCUACACUUUCGCCCUAGCUCUUGGUCCGGUGGUGGGUGGGCCACUUUCAGAGACUAUAGGCAGACACCCAGUUUACAUAGGCUCAAUCCUACUGGGGACUCUCUUCACUCUUGGGGCAGGGUUUAGUCCAACAUUCGCGGGGCUGUGUGUGCUACGCUUCCUGGCUGGCUUUUGUUAUGCCCCUCUUUUGACGAUUGCAGCCGGAACUAUCAAUGAAACCUUCAAACCUAAGGCUCGCGCCAUCCCGACGACCAUUUUUAUCCUGACCCCGUUCCUAGGUCCAGGCCUAGGUCCUGUCAUCGGAAGCUUUGUCGUCAAUCGAAAGGGAUGGCGCUGGACACAGUGGACGAUGAUUUUCUUCGCCAUCUGGACUAUUCUCACGAUCGGACUGGCAAGAGAAACUUAUCAUCCCACCCUUAAAGGUCGUCUGGCGAAAAAGAGAGGACAAGAGUUGCCUAAAGCCCCGCCACUGGCUGAUAGGAUCGCACGGUUCGCAACCAUCACGCUUCUCCGUCCUCUUCACAUGAUGAUCUCAGAGCCGAUCGUCGCAUUUAUCUGCUUGUACGUGGCUUGUGAAUUUGCAACUCUCUUUUCUUUCUUUGCGGCUAUCCCGUUGGUCUACGCAGAAGUCUAUCACUUCGGGAUCGAAGCAUCGGGUCUGGUAUUCUUGGCGAUAGUCGUAGGCUGUUUGCUGGGGGCAGUGACUGUUCUUCUGUGCGAUAUUCUGUUCUAUCGCCCUCAAAUCGCCAAACAUGAUGGGCCUGUGCCCCCAGAACAUCGUCUCUACCCUGCCAUGAUCGGCAGUAUCGGCCUGCCAAUUGGGCUGUUUUGGUUUGCGUGGACUGCCAAGAAGAGCAUCUCUUGGGGAAGUCCUACCGUCGCCAUUAUGGUGUUUGCAUGGGGAAACCUCUGUGUCUUUGUUGGCACGAUCCAGUAUCUGGUGGACACUUAUACCGGCCUCACCGUAGCCAGUGCCAUGAGUGCGAAUAGCUUGGCCCGGUAUGGUUUAGCUGCUGCAUUCCCACUUUUCACCGUUCAAAUGUACACCCGGCUGGGCAUUGACUGGGCCUCAAGUCUGCUUGGAUUCAUUGCUAUUGCGCUCAUGCCUGUUCCAUGGGUAUUUUACAAGACGGGAAAGAAGCUCAGAAGUCUGAGCAAAUAUGACACCGUCCCAUUCUAG